GUAAUUACUCCAUAGUUGAAUCAAGAAAAAAAAAAUACUUGGAAUUUUGUUAAAGAGAUAAAGGAGAGCAAGAAAAUGUUCUUGUAGGGUGUCGAAUGAGCCAAAUGUGGUAUUUGGAGCUGGAAAAAAUAAGUAAUUGGCCCGCACCUAGAAUAGAAAUACUCCCACUAUUAACUUGUCACAAAUACUCGAAAAGGAAAUCAGUAGGCGACAAGAAUAUCAACGCGCCCUGAAACUCCAUGAACCAUGUUUUCUACACAAAGAUUGUGGAUAUAGAUCUUAAUUAAUAAUAUCAAGAAGCUUGUCCCCUAUACGUUGCUAUCGAAGUGGGAUUAGUUAGAUUCUAAGAGCGAAUUAUUGUUACAAAAAUCAACAUGACCAACACACAGGUGUCAUCAAAGUUUAGCGAUGUGGACGAAUAUGGGUUUAAGCGUCCUGAAAAUUUUGAUUACAAGACCUAUGAGCAAUUCAUGUCGAACUAUUUGAAAACUCUGGCCAAGAGACGAAAGAAAUGGGAAGCUAUACUGGAGGAGAAUACUGAUCUGACCAACAUCAACCCCAAACUGAAGCGUUUUAUACGAAAAGGCAUACCAGGUCCCUUUCGUCCCGAUGUAUGGAUGAGAAUAUCCGGUGCCCAUAAACUGCAACAAAACUCACCUGAUCUCUAUCGCAGUUUACUAAAUACGAAACAUGAAAAAGAAAUCAGUGAUUCCAUAUCAAUAGAUCUACCUCGAACGUUUCCUGACAAUAUAUUCUUCGAAACCAAAAAAGACCGCUUAUAUAAUAUCCUUAUUGCUUAUGCUCAUCAUAAUCGCGAAGUCGGUUACUGCCAAGGUCUAAACUAUAUAGCUGGCCUGCUGUUGAUAGUGACGGAGGAUGAGGAAAAGUCCUUUUGGUUGCUCAAGCAUAUGGUGGAGAAUAUAGUUCCACAAUAUCAUACGAAAAACAUGGCAAAUCUUUUGCGUGAUAUGGCUGUAUUCAAAGAGAUGGUUAUUAGAAGAGUUCCAACAGUCAACAAACACAUCGAAGCUCUGGGUCUGCCAUAUGCGGUUAUCGCCAGUAAAUGGUUUAUAUGUAUAUUUGCUGAAGUACUUCCUGCUGAGACCGUUUUACGAAUUUGGGACUGUGUAUUUGCCGAAGGCUACAAGAUUGUUUUUCGUGUAGCCCUAACCAUGUUUAAAACGCACAAAUCCGCCAUUUUGGCUGCCGAUGAUAUUGGUGCGUUGGCCAACUUUUUUCGAGAAAUUUUAAUCCAUGAUGACAUUGUAACAGACUGCCAUACAUUCAUGCAAAAAGUAUUCGAAUUGCGUUUGAAGCGUAGUGAGUUGGAAAGAUUGCGAAAAGAAUGCGUGGGGCGCAAUGACACCUAAGGGCAGACGCCCCCGCCAUGACCCCCAUGACAACUCGUUUUAGCGUAUCUUCUUAGUUGCCGCGCAAUAAUCCAAAAAUUCAUUAUGACACAAGGAGAGUCAACUAAACCAAACAUUAAUUACAAACAUACAAUAUUUAUAAACGUGUAUUACACGAGAAGAACAAAUAAUAGUUUAGCGGUUGGCGUACAAUAUUUAAAUUAGCCAAAGCCAAAUAUAAUUCAUAGUUAAUUUUUUUGUCCGUCUCCAUGCCAAUUGAACAUGUCUUGUAGUAUUGUCGAUCACAUCUGCGAUCGUGUAAAGUAGUUAAACUAAUAUAUUAGUCAGUGUGUGUGUGUGUGUGUGUGUGUAUUGUUGGAGAAAAGUUUAUAUAUUUAUUAAUUACUCAUAUGCAUAACCUAAGAUGAUAUACAAAGUAUUUACUCACUCAUUCAAUUAACCAUUUGAAUAGCCAAGCGGCUACGAGUGUUGGUAUAGGUCUUGAACACUGUUUGGUGUGUCUACCCUCACUGCUCAAGCCGCUCAAGGACAGAUAAUAAAACUUAGUUCACUAGAGAAGCUGUAGCUUAGAUUAUUUCAUGUUCCGAACAAAAACAAAAUAUAUUUAGAAAGAAAACAGCAAAGAUUACACUUUUCAAAAAGGCUUCGAUACUGUAAAAAAAGACUCAAAGUACAAUGCUAGUUAUAUAUAUAUAUAUGUAUCAUAUAUGCUCCUAAGUUUGUUUCUAUCACCAAUGAUUUAAGCUUUUAUACACUCGAUAAGACUAGAAUUUCAUCUAUGAUUAUUGCUUUGUUGAUACCUUGAUGUAUGUAUUUAUAUUUGUAUUUAUUAUAACGUUAUUGUUUUGUUGUUUUAAUUUUUUAAACUUUUUAACUACUAAUUUGUUAUUUUAAUAAAAUGAAGCCCAAGCAAACGCAAUACCCAGAGAAUGGCCUCAAUGACUAGAAGCAAAGCAGGAAUGUUUUUUUUUUUU